CUGCAGAGCAGCCUCAAGUACUCCCUGCUGCCUCGGAGGCUGGUCAUCGGCAAGCGCCUGGCCCAGUGCCUGCACCCCGCGCUGCCCAGUGGCGUGCACCUCAAGGCCCUGGAGACAUACGAGAUCAUCUUCAAGAUCGUGGGCCCCAAGUGGCUGGCCAGGGACCUGUUCCUGUACAGCUGCGGCCUGUUCCCGCUCCUGGCGCACGCGGCCAUGUCGGUGAGGCCGGUGCUGCUUGGCCUGUACGAGAAAUACUUCCUGCCGCUGCACAGGCUGCUGCUGCCCAGCCUGCAGGCCUUCGUGGCGGGGCUGCUGCCCGGGCUGGAGGAGGGCUCCGACAUCUACGACAGGACGGAUGCCCUGCUCGUGCGGCUCUCCGUGGCGGUGGGCCGCGAGCCCUUCUACGCAGCGCUGUGGGGCAGCGUCCUGGGCAGCCCGGCCGCCCGCCUGCCCGCCUCACUCUUCCUGGUCGGCCACAUCAGCAGGGAUGCCCCCGGCCGGGAGCAGCGGUACAUGCUGGGUGCCGACCCCCAGCUCACAGUGAAGGCUCUGUGCGCCUUGCUGUCGGACUCAAACGUCCUGGUGCAGAGAAACAGCCUGGAGCUUGUCCUCUUCUUCUUCCCGUUCUGCACCAGUCUGGACCCCCAGGAGAGCGCCGUCCCCCUGCGCAGAGCUGACGUCGUGGAGAUCCUGGCCGCGGCCACACACACCCUGCUGCGCAGGGACAUGUCUCUCAACAGGAGGUUGUACGCCUGGCUGCUAGGCUCAGACAUUAAAGGCAACACCAUCAUGCCAGAAACCAAAACCUCGAAGUCCUAUGAAAACCCGUCCUUGUAUUUUUUCGAAACCUAUUCCAAGGAUCUCCUCGUUGAGGCCCUGGGGGAGAUUCUGCACCAGGAGUUCACCCAGACCGACGGGGAGGAGCGGCUCCAUGCCUACCUGAAGCCUUUCCGCCUCCUCCUCAGCCUGCUGGACAAGCCAGAGAUAGGCCCUCAGGUGGUUGAGGACUUGUUCCUGGAAGUUAUCCGGGCUUUUUAUUCUUACUGCAGCAAUGCUCUCGGCUCUGACCUGACACUGAGCUAUACUCAGAGCGGGUGCUCCCCGAUAAGCACCAUCAAGGAGAACAAGCACGCCUCGGAGAUCGUGAAGACGGUGAACCUGCUGCUGACGUCACUGAGCGCAGACUUCCUCUGGGACUACAUGACACGCUGCUUCCUGUCCGCCCUCGGGCAAGAGAAGCAACAGCGCCCCGGACCGGGGUCCUCCAGUCCACCGCCCAGCGUCUCCGAGCUCUGCACCCUCCUGGUGUUCCUGUUGGGCGUCAUCCCCCUGGAGCUGUACUCAGAGGUGCAGACGCAGUACCUCCCGCAGAUGCUGGGCUGCCUGGUGCAGGCCCUGGCCGUGGCGACAGGGGCCCUGAGCCUGCCUGAGCUCACGCUUGUCCUCAAGACCUGCUUCAAGGUGCUCAGCAAGGUCCAGAUGCCACCCUCCUACCUGGACUUAGACUCCGCCAGCGGCAGCUCAAGCCCGACCAAAGGUGACCACCCCGAUACCUUAGAUGCGCUGGCCGUGGGCCCCGGGGACGAGGAGGCCGCCUUCCCGCCGCUGAGGUCCGAGGACAGUGGGAUCGGGCUGAGCGCCUCGUCCCCGGAGCUCUGUGAGCACCUGCGGAUGCCCCAGGCGCCACCCGAGCAGGACAGGGUGUGGCGGCAGGGAGGCAGCGUGCAGGGGACCCUUCGGGGCGUGCAGGACCUGCUGGCCGCCCUGGCCCACAAGCACGUCUUCGGGGUGGAGCUCCCACCAGAGGGGGAGGAGGAGACCCAGCCAGAGGACACAGGGACAAGGACAGAGGCUGGACAGAGGGACGAAGGGCCCCCACCACCCACCAGGCAGAACUCGGGGGAGCGGCCCCUGGGCGUACCCCAGUUCAAGCAGAUGCUCUCGGACCUGUUCACCGUGAGAGGGUCCCCGUUCAGGACCAGGAGCUCGGAGGUGUCACCCACGUCCCCAUCAUCGUCAUCGCCUGGGCCCGGCAGCCCCAGCCGGAAGGUGGGGGCCACGUGGGCCGUGGAGCAGGUGGCCCCAGGCCCCGGGGGGCCCAGCGAGGACUGUCGGGAGGCCCUGGCUGCCGCUUGUCACCUGCUGCUGGAUUGUGCCACCUUCCCUGUGUACCUGGCCGCCGAGGAGCUGGAACAGCUCUGUGACUCACUCUUCCAGCCGCCAGGCACCGGGGACAUCAGCUUCCCCGCUUGGCUCAAGUCCCUGAUGACCAUCUGCUGCUGCGUCUCUGACUGCUCCCUCCAGAACGUGGCCAUCGCCACCCUCCUGGAAGUGAUCAACCACUCCCAGUCCCUGGCCCUGGUCAUCGAGGACAAGGUGAAGCGCCAGCAGCGCUCCGGACACAGCCCGUUCUUCAGCAAGCUACAGAUGGUGACGGUCCCCCCCGUCGCUCCAGGAAUCCUGAAGGUCAUUGCUGAGAAGACAGACUUUUACCAGAGGGUGGCGCAUGUGCUCUGGGACCAGCUGGACAAGGAGAGCCGGGAGCAUCACGUCCCCUGUGUGGACCUCUUCUACCGGCUGCACUGCCUGGCCCCCACUGCCAGCGUCUGCGAGGACAUCAUCUGCCAUGCCCUCCUGGACCCGGACAAGGAGACAAGGAUGGAAGCUCUGUUCAGAUUCUCUGUCAUCUGGCACCUGACAAGAGAGACCCAAGGCAGCCGAGUGGCGUCCCACAACCGCUCCUUCGAUCGGUCCCUGUUUGUGGUCCUGGACAGCCUGAGCUCCACAGAUGGCGCCAUCAGUGCGGCAGCCCAGGGCUGGCUUGUGCGGGCCCUGUCCCUGGGGGACGUGAUACGCAUCCUCGAACCCGUGCUCCUGCUCCUGCUCCAGCCCAGGACCCAGCGGACCUCCAUCCAGUGCCUCAAGCCUGAGAGCAUAGCCGAGGAGCGGCACCGCUGGCUCGGCAGGGGCAGGCCCUCGGGCGGGGACGCCCCGGAGGACAGCCGGGAGGACCUCGCCAUGGACCGCGAGGCCAUGUGGGCCGAGGUGGAGAGGGAGCCCGAGAGCCCGCCGGCCGCGGAGGACCUGCCGGACGGGGCGGCCUGGGGCGCGGGCGACAGCAGCAGCGAGCACACGGAGUCGGCCGACACCAGCUGGGGGCCGUCGGACGGCGACACCACCUCGUCCGCGUCCUCCUCCCGGGGCCCCCGGGAGCGCCGCGCCCCCAGCCUGAGCCGCGUGGACUCGGACGGGACGCAGGCCUCGGAGUCGCUGUCCAGCGACGAGGACGGGGACCGGGACGGGGAUCUGGACCGGGACCGGGACCGGGACCUGGGCGGGGAGCGCGGGGGCGGGCCGGGGCCCGAGCGGCAGGUCCCACCCUCCCCGUCCAGGGCGGCCCCCGAGGCCCCGUUCCAGCACGUCCUGCUCUACCUGCAGCCCUACGACGCCCGCCGGGUGCUGUACGCCUUCUCGGUGCUGGACGCCCUGCUCCGGGCCACCCCGCGCGAGCUGACCGAGGCCCUGGGCCGCGCCCGCCUGGACACCAGCGCCACCGCGCACCUCAACCUCGUCUCCAACCUGCUGGCGCGGCACCAGGAAGCGCUGGCGGGCCGCAGCUUCUACGGCAGGCUGCCCCCGCAGGCGCCCGGCGUGUGCCCGCACUCGGGGCUGCUGGAGCUGCUGGUGCACCUGUGCCUGAGCUUCCUGUGCAGCUACUACCCGCGCGCCCCGCGCCCCGCGCCCCGCGACGUGCUGGGCAACCGCGACGUGCAGGUGAAGAGCGUGCAGGUGCUGGCCCGCCUCCUGGCGCAGCUGGCGGCCGGGGCCCCCGAGGCGGCCGAGCCCACCCUGGCGCUGCUGCAGCGCUGCCGGGUGCAGGAGCUGGCGCUGCGGGCGCUGGUGGGCUCCAUGCACGCCGGCCAGGCCCGGCCCGGCCUCCUGCAGCUGGGCCCCGGCCAGGCCCGCGCCGAGCACCCGCUGCAGCUGGAGCUGCUGGGGCUCCUGCGGGUGCUCAUCGGGCUGGAGCACCGGCUGGGCCGCGCCCGGGACGAGGCCGAGGAGGAGGCCGAGGACGCCGGGCGGCCGGCGCUGGCCCGGGAGUGGCGGCGGGCCGUGAACUUCCAGCAGGCCAUCGGCGCCCUGAGCUACGUGCGGCCGCACCCGCUGCCCUCGCAGGGCCUGCUGGUGGCCGCCGUGGCUCGCGGGCUGCAGCCGGCCUACGGCUACGCCAUGCACGCCGCCUGGGUGGGCCUGGUCACGCACUGCCUGCCCUACUUCGGCAAGUCGCUGGGCUGGACCGUCAGCCCGUUCCUGGCGCAGAUCUGCAAGAACCUGGACGAGCUGGCGCGGCAGCACGAGGGCGCGGCCUCCCCGCUGGCCCCCAGCUCAGCCUCCAGGAGGGAGAACAUCGCCCCCGACUACCCGCUCACCCUCCUGGAAGGUCUGACCACCAUCGGCCACUUCUGCCUCUUGGAACAGCCCAACCAGAGCAGAAAGAGCGCCUCCGCCAGCGACCAGGCCCAUCUGAGGAACGCCAGGAACGCCGUUCUAGAGGAGCUCCCAAGGAUCCUCAACACCAUGGCUCUGCUCUGGGACGUUCUCAGGAGAGAGGAGGCUCAGAGGAGGCCCGCAGAUCUCCUGGGUGCCACCAGGGGGUCCUCCUCCUCUGUCUACUUCAAGACCACCAAGAUCCUGAGGCAAAAGAUCCUGGACUUCCUGAACCCCCUGACGGGCCCGCUGGGGGUGCAGUUCCUGGCCGCUGUGGCCACCGUGUGGAGCAAGAAGAGGGAGAAGUCCCGAGGCCGCAGCCGGACUCAGAUCGUGCCUGCGCCCAGCGCAUGCCAGCUGACCCUGGUGGACCUGGCAUGUGCCCUCAGCACACUGCAGACAGACGCCCUGCUGCACCUGGUGAGGGAGGUGGUGAAGCGGCCCCCGCAGAUCCACCGGAACGAGAAGUCAGCCCCGCUGGAUGUCCCCGUGUUACAGUUCUGCUGCGCUUACAUUCAAAGGCUCCCAGCGCUGGCCCUGCAGGAGAGCUUCCCCGCCCUGCUGGGCGUCCUCAGGGAGUCCGUGCAGCUGAACCUGGCUCCCCCUGGCUCCUUCCUGCUGCUCAGCAUGCUGAAUGACUUUGUGACCAGAACACCCAGCCUGGAAAGCAAAAGGGACCAGAAAGACCUGCAGGACAUCACUCAGAAACUCCUGGAAGCCGUGGGCAACAUCGCAGGCUCGUCCUUGGAGCAGACCAGCUGGCUGAGCAGAAGCCUGGAGGUCAAGGCCCAGCCCCAGGUGUCUCUGGAAGACUCGGACGCGGAGGAGGACUUGCACGGUGCUGCCCCCUCGGCCGUGGUGUCGGCGUCGGCGCCCUCGGUGUACAGCGUGCAGGCCCUGAGCCUGCUGGCCGAGGUGCUGGCGCCGCUGCUGGACAUGGUGUACCGCAGCGACGAGAAGGACAAGGCCGUGCCGCUCGUGUCCCGCCUGCUCUGCUACGUCUUCCCCUACCUGCGCAACCACAGCACCCACAACGCGCCCAGCUUCCGCGCCGGCUCGCAGCUCCUGGCCGCCCUGAGCGGCUACGCCUGCACCAGGCGCGCCUGGAGGAAGGAGGCCCUGGAGCUGCUGCUGGAGCCCGCCUUCUUCCAGAUGGACACCGCCUGCCCGCAUUGGAAGGCCAUUAUCGACCACCUGCUGACUCACGAGAAAACAAUGUUCAAAGACUUAAUGAGCAUGCAGAGCAGCUCCCUGAAGCUCUUCUCCAGCGCCGUGCAGAAGGCCAUGCUGCUGAAACGCCAGGCCUUUGCAGUCUUCAGUGGAGAGCUGGACCAGUACCACCUCUACCUCCCGCUCAUUCAAGAACGCCUGACAGACAAUCUCAGAGUUGGACAGACACCCCUGGUUGCUGCUCAGAUGUUUCUUUUUUUCAGAGUUCUGCUGCUCCGAAUAUCUCCUCAGCACCUCACCUCCUUGUGGCCCAUAAUGUUCUCUGAGUUAAUCCAGAAGCUCAUCCUGCUAGAGGAGGAGCUGAAAGAGGAUGAGGACGCGGAGAGGAGCAGCCGCAAGGCCAGCGGUGCCAAGGAGCCCGCGGGGGAGGCCCUGCUCAGCGUCUGCCUCUCGGCCUGCAAGUUCCUGGACACGGCGCUGGCCUUCCCGCCCGACAGGAUGCCACUGUUCCAGGCUUACAGGUGGGCGUUCGUCCCGGAAGUGGACACCGAUGGCCUCGCCCUCCCAUCUGAGCUGGAGGACAGUCACCAGGAAUGCAAACCCCACACCGUCAAGAUCCUGGAACUCCUGACGUUGAAAUACGGGGAGCUGGGCGACUCAGAGGAGACCAGCGUGCUGAAGGAGUUCCCUCUUCUGCGCCAGCGCUCCGUGUCCAGCCUGAAGCAGCUACUGCCCUUCUUCCAGACCCUCAACUGGGCCUUCAGGACCCCAAGCUCGCAGCCCCCCGAUGGCCCGGGCCCCCCCUGGCUGUCCUACCCGGGCACCUUGAACAGCUCUGCACUCCUGAGCCGGCUGGAGGCGUGCGUGGAGGAGGACUUCCUGGAGUGCCCCGAGAGUUAGCCGCAUGGACCGCUGGCCCCUGCACAAGCCCACUGGACAUUGAGGGUUCUCUCUCUCUCUCUCUCUCUCUCUCUCUCUCUCUCUCUCUCUCUUUCUGUGUGUGUAUGUCUCUCUCUUCCCAUGACUUUUGAGUUCACAGACUCAGCCGAGCUCAGAUGUUGGUCGGUUGAAUCCAAGGCUGCACAACCUACAAAUCUAUGAAGGGCUGAUAAUUCACCCCCUGGAUAUUUGGGGGAGCCCAGGGGAGACAGGCAGGGCGCCCCCACCCUCCUGCCUUCAAAAGCCAGCCAGUCUGUGGCGUGCUGCACAAGGACAGAGCCACGCCGUGCCCUGCAGGCUCACGUCGGGCAGCAAGUGGACACACCUCCCCCAGAAGGCAGGCGAGAGUGUGGCACCUCACUCCCUGCCCGGCGGAUGUGAAUAAAAUGAAAUUAAUCUAUCAUCCAA